AUGAGUGGUUUUAACGUUUUAUUGCACAGUCACUUACUGCUAGCAUCAGAAUCCGAGGUAUUAAGGGGUUUUCAUGCGGAAUACAAUGAGGGCAUUCUGGACAGAUGCAAAGAUAUUUUGAACGGGCAGAGUCAUAGAGUAAUAUCCAGUUGUAUCAGAUCGAAGGAGGUUGUUUUAGACGGUGUAGAUGAUUCAUCUAGUCUUCUUUCUGUGCUGGCUUUAUUUGUCAGGAGGUUGAUUGAUGAUAGCUAUGAGGACACACUAAUAUUAGGCAUUGCAUUACUGCAAACGUUUAUACAAAAUAACUACACUGGGCCCGAAGUGUCAAUUGAUUCUAAAGAUGUUGUUUUUAACUUGAAGUUAAAUGAUGAUAUUACCCAGUUACAUGAAUGGCUAAUUAACCUUUUAGCUGUUUCAGGACAACCCGCUUACGAAUUAUGUGCUGAUCCAGUGUAUUUAGUUCUGUCGUUGUUGAUAUUUGAACUUCUCACUGAUCAGCCUUCACUAUUUUUAGCUGAAGAAUUUGAGCCGUCUCUAGCUUUAUUUUCAGAUUCAGAAAACUCUCCAUUGCUUGCAGUUUCACAUUGGUGGAGGGGGCGUGCGCUUUUGGUGCAAUUAUCCUUGGUCCCAGAGGCCAAAGGGCCACAGUCGGCCGUUGUUUCCUCUAUUCUAUCAUCAGUUGAUUUGGUGCGUGCAGUUGUUAGAGGCUUACCAGAAGCUACUGCAGAUGACCACAAAAAGAAAUUGUACACUAUCUAUUAUUUGGAAAAUGUCAAGUGUUCGUUGGCGUUAGGUACCGAAUUUCACUGUCCACCUUGUUUAAUAAAGGUUCAGAAAAUGACGAACUUCCAAUUAAUACUUACUGGUGCUCGUACGAAGAGAACUAAGUUUCAAGAAAAGGCCCAUUCUGGGUUGAUAAUUUUGGCACGUUCAGCAUCUGAAGCAGAGCUUGAAAAUCACUAUCCAGAAAAUCAAAUACCUGAGGAAUUAACGCUCAAUUCUGAACUUUUACUGGAGAAACCAUAUUUCGAGUCUAUUGGUGAAGAGCCAUUGGACGAACAAAUAAUUAAAAAGCAAAAGCUUGAUGGCAUCGACGGUUUACAAGAUGAUAAACUACUACCUAUAGCAAUACGCCAAGAAAACAUACCGAUUUGCCUGAGUGAGAUAGAUCCAAAUAAUCAGCCCACCCUAACACCAUACGACAAUAUUCAGCUAUUGUUACGUCUUUAUACAAUUAAGCAGACAACACCGGCUGGGGAUGCGCUCGUUGAACAGGAAUUAUUUGCCCUACUUUCCAGAAUAAUCCAUCAAGAUGGUCCAAAAAACUGGGGCAUAUUUUCCAGGGCGUUGUGGGAAAGAUCUAUUUUAGAAACGAGCAAGGCUAAAACUAUCGAAAGAGGUAUUUUGCAGAUGCAGUCAUUGGUAGAGGAACUAGGUUUUAAAAUAAAACACCGGAUAACGCCAGAGGCCGACGCCGAGGAGUCCGCUCCUUCACGCAGCAGACUACUAUAUAUUCACCAAUUGCCAUUUGUGCCGCGUUGGCAACUAGAUUCUAAAUUAGCCGAGAAAUACAUGUCCAUGGGAAUUUUAAAGUCUGCUGUUGAGAUAUACGAAAGGUUACAUCUAUGGUGUGAUGCGGCUCUUUGCUAUGCCGCUGUUGGAGAUGAUAAAAGAGCUGAGCAAAUACUUUUGCAAAGGAUUCAAUCUAGUCCAAAAGAUGCCAGAGCGUAUUCUAUAUUAGGUGACAUCAGACAAGAUCCAUCUUUAUGGGAAAAAAGUUGGGAACUGGGCAGAUAUGUCAAUGCCAAGAAUUCACUAGGUAGGUUUUACUAUAAUCCACCUUCUGGGUCUGGAUUUGCCAAAAAUAACAACCUAGCUCUAAAGCACCUAAAUGACUCAUUAAGAUUGCAUCCACUGAGCUUCAACACAUGGUACUUUUACGGCUGUAUUGGUUUGGAAUCUGCGAAAAUGGAGUUAGCUGCAGAAGCAUUUUCUAGGUGUGUUUCGCUUGAUGAGACACACGCACUCUCAUGGUCAAAUCUGAGCGCCGCUUAUACUGAACUCGGUAAAUUUAAAGAAGCUCAUAGUUGUUUGAAAAGAGCUGUGAGUUCUGACGCACAAAGUAACUGGAGAAUAUGGGAAAACUACAUGCUUGUAUCUGCCAAAAUAGAUCAGUGGGACGACGUUUUGGUAGCAUGCAAACGCCUUGUUCAAAUCAAAAGAGACAAAACCGGAGAAGGCUCUAUAGACAUUCCAAUUGUUGAAAAGUUAACAAAUAUUUUGAUUUCUACCGACUUUCCUUCGAAUGAAUCACAAAAGCUGACACAUUUCCAAAAUUCAUGCAUGGAAUUUAUAUGCUGUACCUUACCAUCAGUAAUUACAACUUCAGCAAGAUGUUGGAGAUUAGUCUCUCGUGUAGAAUUAUGGAGGAAAAGGCCUCACUCGUCCCUUGAGUGCUAUGAAAAGGCUUAUAGAACAGUAGCGCAUAACCCAGAUAUUGAAGUUAAUAAAGUUGCAUGGGAAAAUGCGGUCGAAGCAUGUGAAGACUUGGUUGCUUCUUAUGAAUCUCUGGGCCAAAUGGAGGGCAAACAUGGUGCUGGUGACAUAGUUUGCAAAGACUGGAGAUAUAAAGCAAGAUCUGUCAUCAAGUCGUUGAUGAACAAAGGUCGUAGCUCCUGGGAAGACUCAGAGGGCUGGCAGAGACUCUUAAAAUUGCGUGACAAUUUAUAA